CUUGGUGAACCGCAUUCUGAGGAAAUACGCAGGAAAUGGACAUCGAAAGCGGGCAGUUUGAAGAUGCCCCCGAGGACCUGAUCAUAACGAUACAAGAAGAAUCCAAUGCUACUUUCAAAGCUAUCCCAGACCGGACCACUGAUACCCUCACCGCAAAUGGUCUCAUUUACGACCUCGACCAUGAUGCCUCUGAAGAUGAAUCUGACGUUUCCAUGGAUGAGGAGAAUCGAGAGGACGACUAUAUCGAACAGGAUUUAGAUGUAGUAAACGGCCAAGACUGGGAAACACUCGCUGGAGAUCUCACCAAGCGGUAUAACCGUCUUCGACAAACGGUCACCGUUACCACUCAAAAUCGACAUUCUCAACGAACAUCAACUACGCCGACCGUAUUGCCAGCAACCAAUCAGAAGAGGUUUGUAACUGCCUGCGAUCCCUCCACCGUCACCCCAAACUCUACCGUCAUUCGGAAGGACAAGGUGAAUGAUCAGCUAGUAUCAUUGUCAUCAAAAUUCGCCGACAAGCUAAGUCUCGGGGACGUCAAUACCACCGCAACCCGGAAAGGUGGCUUUGAGAGACUCAAUCAUACCGACCGAGCCGACCGAGCCACUAACGAGCAAGUCCUCGAUCCACGUACCCGUCUCGUUCUCUUCAAGAUGCUUGGACGUGGCUUGGUGGACCGGAUCGAAGGCUGUAUCUCCACUGGGAAAGAAGCAAACGUCUACCAUGCUAUCGCCCUCGUCGAUCCCUUUACGGGAACACCAUCCGAGAGUGGGAUCAGUCUGGCGAUGAAAAUCUACAAGACUUCUAUCUUAGUUUUCAAAGAUCGAGAUCGAUACGUAACCGGCGAAUUCAGAUUCAGGUCGGGAUACGCAAAACGAAAUCCUCGAAAGAUGGUCAAACUAUGGGCCGAGAAAGAGAUGCGGAACUUGAAACGUCUCUACGAGAAAAAGAUCCGCUGUCCUCGAGUGGUGGAAGUCCGAUCGAACGUCCUAGUAAUGGAAUUUUUGGCGCUGGAAGACGAUGGUGGAUGGAAGCCAAGCCCACGGCUCAAGGAUGCCGCACUACCUGGCUUAGGAGAAGGAUUAGAACAUCUUUAUUGGGAAUUGCUGGCCAUGGUUAGAAUAAUGUACCAUCAGUGCAAACUCGUCCAUGCCGAUUUGAGUGAAUAUAAUAUUCUGUACCAUUGCAACCACCUAUUCAUUAUCGAUGUUUCCCAAUCUGUCGAACAUGAUCACCCCUCUGCUUACGAUUUCCUUCGAUCUGAUCUUACCAAUGUCGACCUGUUCUUCGCCCGGCUGGGUGUGCCCACCUUGGGCCUCAAACGUACCUUCGAGUUUGUCACCGACAAGUCCAUUUCGGUCCAAACCGAAGACGAGUUAAUCGAGCUUGUCCAACAGCUGAUCUCUGCACCCGAGCCACAGAAUGUCCACUCAGUGAGAACUGCAGAUGAAACAGCAGAUGGCACCCAUGAAGCCAUUGAAGCCACCUCGAAUCUAGAUCAAGAGCAAGCUAAUAGCAACGACGAGGCCGUCUUUCGACAUGCCUACAUUCCUCGAACGCUCAACGAAGUUUACGAUGCCGAACGGGAUGUCGAGAAAUUGAGGAAGGGGGAGGGCAAGCAACUGAUUUAUGCGAGUCUCACUGGACUCGCCCCGUCGUCUCAACAGAAGAUCCAACCCAAAGAGAGCCAUCCACUCAAGACCGAUCAUCCCAGAGACGAGACGAGUGAUGGCGAUGGAUCUUCGGAUUCUGAGUCGGGAGCCGACCAAUCGGAUCGAGACUCCGACGAGCAGGACCCUUCCCUUUUUGAUUCCAAACCUCGCGGCCAUCGCUUCGAACCUAAGGAGGCUAAAAAAGAACGUAAACUGUUGGUCAAAGAACAACAGCGCGAUAAACGGAAACAGAAGAUACCUAAAGGUACCAAGAAACGCUUGGUCGCUAAGUCUUCUGGUAAAAGGUAG